AUGCCAGCUCUUUCUAAAAUUGUCGGAGCUGCAUUCCUGGCCGUCGCAGCAUUCUUUGCCUCAGGAGUCAUGGCAGAGGUGGUAGGCGUCGAAAUCAACCAAAACGCUUGGGUACAUCUCGGCAAUGGUGUUUCUGCCAAGAUGGGUGAAGACUCGGACCGCACCAAGAUGUUCCUUUGGCUUGACUGUACUGGGAUCAAUGAUUCGGAGAUAUGUCCCCGCAUCGACGGUGCCGAUGGUAGUACAUGGGACGCUUGA